CCUCUCAUAUCACUAAUGGAACAACCUCAGGUAACAUACAACGAGGAGGAACGGAUCUGGAGCGGACCUCUACGAAGCUCCAUUUACAAGGAUGAUGCUGCCUUGGGUGCCGUCAUAUUCCAGUCCAUGAAGAAUUGGCCCAAGAACAUAUGUCAGAUAUGGGAUGAUGAUGGCGUGGUAGUGACCUUUGAACAGGCACUCACCUGGGCCAUUCGGAUUGCACAAUUCUUUAAGACCCGAGGCCUAACCCACAAGGAUAUCAUAGGGAUAGCAGCUGGCAACUCAAAGUAUUUGCUGUCCUUGGGAGUGGCUUGCCUGAUGAAUGGAACUCCCUUCCAUGCACCCCAUUCAGUUCUGGAUGAAGCAACCCUUAAGUACGUGCUCUCAAUAACCAAGCCGAAACUAAUAUUUUGCGAUGGAAACAAUUACGAGAAAGUGCAUGCAGCAACCAUUGAAUGGCAACCGGAAAUCUAUACUCUCACGGACCACCUUGAGGGAGUGCCGAUCAUUGAGAGUCUCCUAGAACCUACCACCACCGAAAUGUCUUACCUGCCAGAGCCUCUCGUCGAGGGCAGCGACCAAACCGUGGCAUUGCUUUGCUCCUCCGGAACCACUGGACUGCCAAAAGUGGUGUGCAUUCCAAAUCGAAGGCUGUUGCAGUUCGCACCUUCGCCAAUAAACAGCGAAUCGAUUAUACUUCAAUCGACCGCCCUGGACUGGAUAGGGGGAGUUGUUAUGUUUACGUUCAACACCAUUCACGGUUGUACCCGCAUUUUGAGCAGAAAUCCGUUUACCUCCGAGUAUAUUGUGCACCUGGUGAGCAAGUACCAAGUUGAUAUAAUGUCCAUUGCCCCUUGUCCUUUUACCUCUCUCGUGAAUUGUCCCGAAGCGACUUCAGAGUCCUUAUCUUCUUUACGUAUUUUAAUUUACGGUGGUGGAGCUAUUGCCCUGACUACAUUGCAAAAAGGCCAGAAACUUCUUAAAAAUCCGAUUAUGGCCAAUUCAUAUUCAACCACUGAGAUUGGAAACGUAGCGAUUAGCUAUAGACUUGAAAAAGGAAACCCUGUGGGCAGACCAGUGCCGGGUGUCAGGAUUCGGAUUGUGGGCGAGAACGGAGAAAACCUCGAGCACAACCAAGUGGGUGAGAUAUGUGUCCACAAUGGGUUGACUUGGCAGGGAUACUUCGGAAAUCCCGAGGCUACACGACAGAUGCAGGACCCCGAUGGCUGGUUCCACACCGGAGACAUGGGAUACUUCAACGAAGAGAACUUCCUGUGUAUGGUAGACCGCUGCAAGGACAUCCUCAAGUACGAAGCUAUGCAUUACUGGCCAGGUGAGAUCGAAGCUGUGAUAUUGGAGCUACCACAAGUGCAGGAUGUGUGCGUGGUAGGCAUACGCAAUGAGCUCGAGAACGAUGAAGCCGGUGCCUUGGUUGUCCUGAAGACAGGAUCUAGCUUAAGUGCCAAGGAGAUUGUGGACCAUGUGGCUAAGGCCUUGCCUGCAGUGUACAAGCAGCUCCAUGCCGGAGUUCAGUUUACCAACGAGCUGCCUGCAAAUCCCAAUGGAAAAGUUGUGCGUAGAGCUGCUCUCGAUAUCUUUAAAGCCUUGAAAGCUGCUUGAAAUUUCCAAAAACCCAUCUAAAUUAUGUUAAUAC